AUGCUGCUGAAAACGUUCGUCUCGAUCCUAGUUAUAAAUGGCGUGUUGGCGAGCGGUGAAAAGUUCUUUCGUCGCGACUAUACGUACAACGCGGAAUAUGACGCUUUCUAUAAAUUGCAUUGGGACGAUAAGUCCAGCACUUGGGAAGAAGCCUUUCUGACCUGCGAUGACGAGGGAGGUAAAUUGUUUUACCCCAAACACACGGAAGAGUGGAAAGUCGCCGCUAAUCUGUCAGACUCUCUGGUAGACGUGGAUAACAUCUUCGUUGGCGUCCGUGAUGAAUUUGGUGCCGGGGACUUCGUCUCCAUUGAAGGUGCCAAAAUUGGAUUGUCUGAAGAUGAACGCAGACAGGACGAGGACUGUAAAGUAAUACGGUUGGCGCAAUCUUCCAAUAAUUAUGAUGAUGACAAUAACAUGAAACAUAUUGACACAUCCUGCAACCUUACUUUACCAUUUAUUUGUGAAAUGAAAGUUAAAGUU